CUCUUAUUCAAAAACAUCCAUGCUUAAAGGAACCUGGCUCUAUUCAUGGAUGGUACUGUUGGAAGUUCAGUUUAAAGUUCAAAAUGGGAAACUUUAGACAGAAAAUGCGAGCUGCAGGGUGUUCCGAAGUUAAGAUCAAUGCUCGGAACGCUGGGCCACCUGUGAAAAAACUGAAAAGAGCCAAGAAGUCAGAGGUCAACUUUCUACCUGAUUUUCCCGAAGGGAAAGAUGAGCUGGACCUGGAAAAGGAGAGAUGUGCGAUGAUUAUUGAGAUGUCAAAAAGAAAAGUUGACUGGAAGCUCAUAGAUGAACUGAUGAACAUCACAUUUUCCUUGAGAAGAAAAGAAAUUGUUCAUGAUGAACCCCUUGUGGCCCGAGUCCAAGAAAGAUGGCCAGCGCUGUUCAAUGAAAAGCAGAUUGAAGCAGAAUUUUCCCGUCUGACAUCUGUGAACCUCAAGACUUCUUUUUUCAAUGGACUGGAUUACUACCAACCUGGGCUACUAGACCUUUACAAGGCCAAGGCUGGGAAGGUAGCUGCACUGAGAAAGCUUAUGGCCUGCCUUAAUGAUCAAUCCACCACUCAAAGAAAGAGGGAAGUUGUUCUGCUGGGCCUUCCCCACUUUCUCAAGGAGGACCCCAUAUGUGCAUUUAAAACUGCUGAGACCACUGAUGAGGAGGCAUCCAUCACAGAAGGACUGAAAGUUGGUGUUGUAACGAUUAAAGAUGGAGAAGACAUCGUGGCAACAUCACUUGUUCUUGAGGAGCAAAUCAUUCUUCAUGAUGUAAAGGACUUUACCCAGGCCAUUGCUCUUCUGAUGGGCCUGCUGUUUUCACUCAACAUUGACUAUCCAAGAGGCUUGCGCUACACAUUUGAAGUAGUUCAAAAAGUCUUCAUGGACAUCGGAGGGGGACAGUGCUCCUCAAUGGUUCAUGGUCUGAGGAACAGACUACUGAGAAAUGCAAUGUAGAUUUUGCUUCAAACUGUUGUAAAGUAAGGAAUCCUUCCUGGUGUAUUUACUUUACUGAAGUCAAUGGGAGUACCAGUUGUUAGGAGGUUGGAGAAGUCCUUCCUGGUGUAUUUUUUUUUUAUUUUUUUCGGUCUGCGAACCUAAUGGAUGUCAGUUUUAAAUGAAGUAGGAGAAGUCCUUCCAGGUGCACUUUUUU